AUGCUUGUCAAGUUUCUACGAUUCCUGCCCAAGGAGUGUUUUGAAGACUUGGAAGACAUAGUGGAUAUGCAUCCAUCGCUUGAGAGCGAACGGUCAAUUUUUAAUUAUUUAAACUUUGUUAGGACAAUCAAAGUGUUGGACUGUAUACAUGCGACGGAGUAUUAUUCUAGUCAUUAUUUAGAAGGCACUCAUUCUUCCACCAUUGCGCCGCUACUACUUUUGAGGCUAUGCCAAGGAAUAAUAACGAAUUGCCCGUUACUAGCAGAAAUAGACGUGACCGGACUUGAUCGUGCUCCGAGUUACGACGAUUAUAGUUGGCCUGCUACAUCCUGGAACUUAUUUAACCUUAAAGGCAAUCUCAAUCGGUUAAGGCGACUCAAAUUCUCGCAGAAAUUUCACCCCGAUAUUUUACACAGAGCUGCAACGACAGUAACAAAUCUUGAAUCGUUUGAAUUUGAAUGUACAUGGGAAUCAGCGUAUAUUGAUGGGACUGAAUGGUGCGAUGCUAUUAGUAAUUUUAUAAGCAAGCAGAAAGGCUUAAAGGUUGCAAGACUCAAUCUCGAGUUGCAAAAUAAUGAAAUGAGUCUGCAACCAGUCUGGAAAGGAUUGUGUACUCAGGCAAAAACGCUCAGAGAAAUCAAGAUACUCUUUAACAUACAGGAUAGGGAUGCACAUGAUUUACUCGAAUUUCUAGGUUACUGUACCAAUCUACACCACGUUGAGAUGUUUUGCUGCGAACUACGUGUACAGUCACCAAUGAAGUUGCAGUCUACUAUGUUUUCUAAUCUCCGUGUACUUAAAUUAGAGGAGCUCGACACGAAUACCUAUGGCAUUGGUGCAUUGUUUAAAAACGUGAAAGAGAGCUUAGACACACUCUCUGUGAAAAGAAUUCAGAACGCGACAGAACUGUGGAACAACGUAGAACUCUGGAUUAUAUGCGCCACAAAUACACCCUACCUUACUAAUUUAGAAAUACAGCUUUCUUUGAAUGUCUAUAUUCCAUUAAUUCAAACUGUGCUUCCGUUAUGGCUGCAUUUGAAGAGAUUAUCUAUUGCUAUCCGGGGAACUAAGCAACAUUAUGAACUAAUACCGAAAAUACUAUUACUACUUGGACAACACCUGCCAAAAUCAGUGAAAGCUCUUGUGUUAGAAAACUCUUAUCAGCUAUCAUUGGACAUGUUAGUUAACUUUUUGUCUUCUUGUUUGAUAGAUCUUGAAUCUAUAUCUAUUACAAACAAUGCUUUUGAUGAUGGCUUUGCAAAAGCAUUACUAAAAUAUAUGGGGCAUAGUUUAAAGUCAGUUUUUUUACAUGGUCAAGUGACUAUUUCUCCUGAAAUGAAAACUGAGCUGUGCAGACAAAUAUCUGAAGUUACUAUUCAUUCGGUGGAUGUUUGA